AACGGGCAGAAGGGACAGAACAGCGGCGGCGACAUUAACCACACAGCAGUUAUUGCUCCGGGAAUGAAAAGCAAAACGCCUUAUUUUAACCAGAUGCAUCCGAUAGUGCGAUGAACGCCUGAAAACACGAGAAAUCGUCUCUCAUCUGAAAAUCCUUUAGGUUACCGAAAAGGUGGAGUUCGUAUAAGAGAAAUCGAUUGCCGUCAAUACGACUGUGUUCCCAGAUGGAAAACAGCUAGGUCGCGUACAAGCUGAUUUUAAGUGUAUUCUUUAAACAACAUUCAGUUGCAACAGCAGCGACAAUAGCCACAGCAGCAACCACGGCUGCGAAAUGAGGAGAUCUCUGAAAUGGAAUUGUACCUGAAGGUUUGUAAAAUGCCUGAUUUGACCUAAAAUUAUAUCCUACAGGCGUCAUUAGGGCGAGUAUUAAUGCGUUUUGCGGAGAGGAACAGACUCGCCGUUUUAGCUUUGAAGUCCAUCUCGCCUGUGCGUCACAGGUUUUAGACGCGAUCGAUCUGUAUUGAAGGAAACGGGUUAAAAAAUUAUUGAAGGGAGGAAAUUUGAAGCAAUAUGGCUGAUGAACGGGGUAGGGGGCGCUGGCCGGAGCGCUCCAAUGCUUCCGAAUGCUAGCUAAAGCAGAUGGAAACAUUUCAGAAGGCAUCGGUAGCAGUAUAAUGAGCAGUAAUAGGCCUAUAAAUUCGAACUCUAUACCCAAGAUGGAUGUGGUCAUCCCGUUCUCAUCAGACGUGCCCUGUGACAGCAAUGGCCAGCGCAUGUGGUGGGCAUUUCUGGCCUCUUCCAUGGUGACUUUCUUUGGGGGUCUCUUCAUCAUUCUUCUUUGGAGAACUCUCAAAUACCUGUGGACUGUGUGCUGCCACUGCAACAUCAAAAAUAAGGAAGUACAGAAGGUGAACAACCUUGGAAGUAGUCAGGCAGAUGGGGCAGCCAAGAACCCUGACGAGAAAGAGCCCGAGGCCCCGGCCAGCGAAGUGGGCUGGAUGACGUCUGUCAAAGACUGGGCGGGGGUCAUGAUAUCGGCGCAGACGUUGACAGGCAGAGUCCUGGUUGUGCUGGUCUUUGCGCUUAGCAUCGGAGCACUUGUAAUAUACUUCAUAGACUCUUCUGACCCCAUUGAAUCCUGUCAGAAUUUCUACCAAGAUUUCACAUUACAGAUCGACAUGGCUUUCAACGUAUUCUUCUUAUUGUACUUUGGCCUGCGUUUCAUUGCAGCCAAUGAUAAGCUCUGGUUCUGGCUGGAAGUGAACUCCGUGGUGGACUUCUUCACAGUUCCGCCCGUGUUUGUGUCAGUGUAUUUAAACAGAAGCUGGCUUGGUUUAAGGUUUUUGAGGGCCUUAAGAUUGAUACAGUUCUCAGAAAUUUUACAGUUUUUGAAUAUCUUAAAAACAAGCAAUUCCAUCAAGCUUGUGAACCUGUGUUCCAUCUUCAUCAGUACAUGGCUAACAGCAGCAGGUUUCAUUCAUUUGGUGGAAAACUCAGGGGACCCUUGGGAAAACUUCCAAAAUUCCCAAGCACUUUCCUACUGGGAAUGUGUCUAUUUACUCAUGGUCACAAUGUCCACUGUGGGGUACGGAGACGUUUAUGCAAAAACCACCCUUGGGCGCCUUUUCAUGGUCUUCUUCAUCCUCGGUGGUUUGGCCAUGUUUGCCAGCUACGUCCCUGAAAUCAUAGAAUUAAUAGGAAACCGCAAGAAAUAUGGUGGUUCCUAUAGUGCGGUUAAUGGAAGAAAGCACAUUGUGGUCUGUGGUCAUAUAACGCUUGAAAGUGUAUCCAACUUCCUGAAAGACUUCCUGCACAAGGACAGGGAUGAUGUCAAUGUAGAAAUUGUUUUUCUCCAUAAUAUUUCCCCUAAUCUUGAGCUGGAAGCCUUAUUUAAGCGCCACUUUACUCAGGUGGAAUUUUACCAAGGAUCUGUUCUCAAUCCACACGAUCUGGCCAGAGUUAAGAUAGAGUCAGCAGAUGCCUGUCUGAUACUAGCUAAUAAAUACUGUGCAGAUCCUGAUGCAGAGGAUGCCUCCAACAUCAUGAGGGUAAUCUCCAUCAAGAAUUAUCAUCCAAAGAUACGAAUCAUCACACAGAUGUUGCAAUACCAUAACAAGGCUCAUCUGUUAAACAUUCCAAGCUGGAACUGGAAGGAGGGAGAUGAUGCGAUUUGCCUUGCGGAACUAAAGCUGGGCUUCAUCGCCCAGAGCUGCCUGGCUCAAGGGCUCUCCACCAUGCUAGCCAACCUUUUCUCCAUGAGAUCAUUCAUCAAGAUUGAAGAGGACACUUGGCAGAAGUACUAUCUGGAAGGAGUAGCCAAUGAAAUGUACACAGAAUACUUGUCCAGUGCCUUUGUGGGCCUUUCUUUUCCAGUGGUCUGUGAACUGUGUUAUGUGAAGCUGAAGCUGUUGUUGAUAGCCAUUGAAUACAAGUCAGAUCAAAGAGAAAGCAGAAGCCGAAAGCGCACCCUCAUCAACCCCGGGAACCAUGUUAAGAUGCAAGAAGGAACACUAGGAUUCUUUAUCGCCAGCGAUGCCAAAGAAGUAAAGAGGGCGUUUUUUUACUGCAAAGCUUGUCAUGAUGACAUCACAGAUCCCAAACGGAUUAAAAAAUGUGGCUGCAAACGGCUAAAGGAUGAAGUUAGGCCGACCUAUCAAAACCGGUCGAUUAAAAUCAGCAACAGCACGGCUAACACGGUUCACAAAGCCAGCCCUCGCGAAGGAGUGGCCGAGCCCGUCCCUCUAGUUAAUAACCGUAAAGGAAGCCUGCUCCUGCCCAGCGACCCCUCGCUGCGCCUGGGCCUCACAAGGCCUGGGGAGGAGGGCCGUCUGCAGAGGGCCCGCAGCCUGCCCGUGAAAUACCGAUACCACCCCAGUAACGCCAUGCUCAGUCUCGCGCCAUUCGAAGAAGAGCAUCCAUCAACGCUGUCACCCAAAAAAAAACAGCGCAACGGAGGCAUGCGAAAUUCACCCAACUGCUCACCCAAAAUGAUGAGGCACGACCCUUUACUCAUUCCGGGAAAUGAGCAAAUCGAGAACAUGGACGUUAAUGUGAAGAAAUAUGACUCCACGGGGAUGUUUCACUGGUGCCCAUCCAAAGACAUUGAGAAGGUUAUCCUGACUCGGAGUGAGGCUGCCAUGACGGUUCUGAGUGGUCAUGUGGUGGUCUGUAUAUUUGGAGAUGUCAAGUCCGCUUUGGUGGGGCUGAGAAACUUGGUAAUGCCUUUAAGAGCAAGCAACUUCCACUAUCAUGAACUGAAGCCCAUUGUAUUUGUGGGCUCUCUGGAAUACCUGAAGCGAGAAUGGGAAACCCUACACAACUUCCCCAAGGUUUCCAUCUUACCUGGUACGCCAUUAAGUCGGGCUGAUUUGAGGGCUGUCAACAUCAACCUCUGCGACAUGUGCGUUAUCCUGUCAGCCAAUCAGAACAAUAUCGAUGAUGCUUCACUGCAGGACAAGGAAUGCAUCUUGGCAUCACUCAACAUCAAAUCUAUGCAGUUUGAUGACAGCAUCGGGGUCUUGCAGGCUAAUUCCCAAGGUUUCACCCCCCCUGGGAUGGACAGGUCAUCACCAGACAACAGUCCAGUUCAUGGACUAGUUCGACAGGCUUCCGUUACAACAGGAGCAAAUAUCCCAAUCAUAACUGAACUAGCUAAACCUGGCAAACUACAGCCUUUGGUAUCAUUCAGUCAGGACAAAAACAGUGGAACCAACAUUCAAAUGAUAACUGAGCUGGUGAAUGACUCCAACGUUCAAUUCUUGGACCAAGAUGAUGAUGAUGAUCCUGACACAGAGCUGUACCUCACUCAGCCUUUUGCAUGCGGGACAGCCUUUGCCGUCAGUGUGCUGGAUUCCUUAAUGAGUGCGACAUACUUCAAUGAUAAUAUCCUCACUCUGAUCCGGACUUUAGUAACGGGGGGCGCUACGCCAGAGCUAGAGGGCCUGCUGGCUGAGGAGAACGCUCUGAGAGGUGGCUACAGCACGCCGCAGACGCUCGCGAACAGGGACAGGUGUCGCGUCGCGCAGCUGGCGUUGUACGACGGGCCCUUUGCAGACUUGGGGGAUGGUGGCUGCUACGGUGACUUGUUUUGUAAAGCGUUGAAAACGUAUAACAUGCUUUGCUUUGGAAUUUACCGAUUAAGAGAUGCACAUCUAAGCGCCCCAAGCCAAUGCACAAAACGGUAUGUUAUAACGAAUCCACCAUAUGAGUUCGAGCUGGUCCCAACAGAUCUGAUCUUCUGCCUGAUGCAGUUCGACCACAACGCGGGCCAGUCCCGAGCCAGCUUGUCCCACUCGUCUCAUUCCUCCCAUUCCUCCAGCAAAAAGAGCUCUUCCGUUCACUCGAUCCCCGUGGCGAACCGGCAGAACCGCAGCAAGGCCAGAGACUCCAGGGAAAAACAGAAUGCAACAAGGAUGAAUAGAAUGGGCCAAGAAAAGAAAUGGUUUACAGAUGAACCAGAAAAUGCCUACCCGCGGAACAUUCAAAUCAAGCCCAUGAGCACUCACAUGGCCAAUCAAGUCAAUCAAUACAAAUCCACAAGCAACCUGAUUCCACCAAUCAGAGAAGUUGAAGAUGAAUGCUGAGGUCCAGGCCCUUGACGACAUGUGCAUCGUUGGGAGAGUCGGGACGUUCUCUUGGAAGGAUGAGAGAGAGAGGACGGUCAUACAGCAUUGUUCCUAGCUUACUUGUACCACAGACCAAGGAUCAAGGAUUAACGUAUGGUCAGUGACACUAGAAGGGACCCUCUUGCCUGUAUACAUUUAAUA